AUGGGUUUGGAUGAAGCCCUGGAUGAGAGAAAUGAUGAUACCGCUGGCGAAUUCGAGGAUUCUCUCGAAAAGUCCGAAACAAAGGCCAACGUUACAGCAGACGAUUUCGAAAUUGUGAACUUAGGGUCAGUGGAACUCCCUAGAGAAGUGUGCAUCGAAAGACCGCUGUCUCUGAAAAACAAGCAGAGGAUGAUGGAGUUUCUGAAACCGAGAUUGUCCAACUUUGCUUUCUCUUAUGAGGACAUGCCAAGGCUCGAUGAAGAUUUGGUGGAAAUGGAAGUCUACGUGGAUGAUAUGAUUAUCAAGUCUCGCACGAUCGAAGGACGCUUUGAGGACCUCAAAAAGCUCUUCGACAGGCUAGAAAAGUUCAAGCUCCGACUCAAUCUGCAAAAAUGUAUCUUCGGUGUGACUGGAGGCAAGCUAUUAGGCUUUAUUGUCAACGAAGAUGGUAUUCGGGUGGAUGAGACCAAGACUAAGGCAAUCAUCGAAAUGCCACCACCCAAGACUAAAAAAGAAAUUUGGUGCUUCCUCGGGGCGGAUCUAGUAUAUCAGCCGAUUCAUCGCACAGCUCACUCUGGUCUGUCAGCCCAUAUUUAA